AUGGGGGGCUGUGCGAGCAGCAAGCUCACGGCGGGCACGCAAGAGGAGUUGAUCGCACCAAUCACAGCACAUGCUGGGGCUGCUCGGACGGGUGGUGGAGGCGGUGGCGGCGGCGGUGGGGGUGGCGGCGGUGGUGGUGGCCUGGAUGGGAGUGGCGGCCUGGAGGGCAGCGGCGCUGCGCGCAGGGCGCCCGCGUCGCCCGCGGCUGGCGAGCAGCCCGUAACUUCCAAGCAAGUCCUGGCGCGCAACAGCGGCACGCGCUCGCGGCGGCUGUCCUUCGUCACAAACGAGAAGGAUGUGAUGGCCAACAUGGGCAGCGGGCUCGAGGAAGACCCCUGCGGCGCCGACGGGGACGCGGCCGAGGCCGCUCACGCCCCGCCCCCAUGCGGCGCGCAUGCGGCGCCGCGCUCGCAGCGCGCCGUGGGCAUGUCCGUCGCUUGCAUGAGCCGCGCAGGCUGCGAGCCCGCCUACAAGAAGACCAAUCAGGACAGCUGCUUUGCGUUUGAGAAGUUUGUCAGUGAGGAGGAGAGCCUCUUUGGCACCAUGGACGGCCACGGGCCCCAGGGCCACCUGGUGUCUGCAUUCGUGAAGCAAAACCUGCCCGUCCUCCUGGCCAACCGCCUCGCGUCCGGCGCGCCCCCGCCGCGCGCCCUGGCGGAGGGCUUCCUGGAGGUUGACGCGCGGCUGGGGGCCAGCCGCGUCGACGUGGAGUUCAGCGGCUCAACAUGCGUGGUCGCACACGUUCGGGGCUUCCAGCUGACCACGGCCUGGGUGGGCGACUCGCGCUGCGUGCUGGGCCGCGCGGCGCCGUCUGGCGGGCGCCUGGAGGCGGUGGAGCUGACCGCGGACCACAAGCCCACCAACCCGCGGGAGAAGGAGCGCAUCCUGCGCAGCCAGGGGCGCGUGGAGAGGCUGGUGGACGAGGCGGGCGCGCCAGUGGGCCCCUUCCGCGUGUGGCUGCAGUACGCCUGGGUGCCCGGCCUGGCCAUGAGCCGCGCGCUGGGGGACCAGCUGGCGCACCAGGUGGGGGUGUCGUCUGAGCCAGAGUGCUGCGAGCUGACGCUGACACCUCGUGACGUGUUCAUCGUGCUGGCCUCGGACGGCGUGUGGGAAUUUGUCAGCAGCCAGGAGGCGGUGGACAUUGUGGGCCGCCACGAGAGCACAGAGGAGGCGUGCCGCGCG